AAUCUCCUCCCCACCUCAACUCCUCCUCCAUUCCCUCCCCUCCGCUAAUUCACAGCCACUUCCACCCCGAUUCCUUCUCCUCGACCUCCCGCCUUCCUCCAAGUCUCCUCCCCGCCCUGGUUCUCGAUCGAACCAGGGGUCUGCAUCCCGAUCUCCUCCGAAACUCUCUUCCAAAGAUGUGAUUUUUCCAUUCUUUUUCUUGUCUCUGUCUUCUUGAUUAGUGGGGUUGGGGCUUUUCCUUUGAUCGAGGGAGAUGGAGCAGGCGUCCCCCCAGCUCAACCGCGUCGUCUCGCGGCAGCUCUCCGGGGGCUCCGGGAGGAGAAGCGGUCGGUUCACCUUCCAGCGGAACCGCUCCUUCGAUCAUCGGCUGAGCAACGUGAUCCGGUUCAGCUUCGGGCGGCAGUCCUCGCUCGACCCGAACCGCAGGAGCAGCAGCCCCGCCAGGGAGGAGCUCACGGUGCCAGAGAACCUGGAUUCCACCAUGCAGCUCCUUUUCUUGGCCAGCCGAGGGGACUUCAAGGGGAUGGAAGAGCUCCUCAGGUGCGGCGUCGAUGUGAAUAGCAUCGAUCUGGACGGCAGGACGGCGCUGCAUAUAGCGGCGUGUGAGGGGCAUGUCAACGUCGUGAAGCUGCUGCUGAGCUGGAGAGUCAACGUAGAUGCCAGGGAUCGAUGGGGCAGCACGGCUGCUGCAGAUGCCAAGUGCUAUGGCAAUGUUGAAGUCUACAACAUCUUAAGAGCUCGAGGAGCCAAAGCUCCGAAAACCUGGAGGACUCCCAUGGCUGUGUCAGAUUCCCAAGAAGUUCCAGAGUAUGAGCUAAAUCCAGGGGAGAUCCAGAUUAGACGAGGUGAAGAGGCCCUAAAGGGUACUUAUCAAGUUGCUAAGUGGAAUGGUACUAAGGUUUCUGUGAAAAUCCUUGACAAGGAAAGCCAUUCAGAUCCAGACAGUGUAAAUUCUUUCAAGCAUGAGUUGAAUCUGUUACAAAAGGUCCGGCAUCCUAAUGUAGUUCAGUUUGUAGGAGCUGUAACCCAAAAUGUACCUAUGAUGAUUGUUUCGGAGUAUCAGUCAAACGGUGACUUAGGGAGCUAUCUUCAAAAGAAAGGACGUCUACAGCCCCAUAAAGUUCUUAGAUUCGCUCUUGAAAUUGCCAGGGGUAUGAAUUAUCUUCAUCAAUGUAAGCCAGAACCAAUCAUUCAUUGCGAUUUAAAACCAAAAAAUAUCUUGCUCGAUUGUGGGGGGCAAUUGAAGGUGGCCGGUUUUGGAUUAAUGAAGUUAUCAAAAAUUUCAUCUGAUAAAUCAAAAUUGGCAGAUUCCAAAACUAAAAUUAACAGUUUGAGCUUGUACAUGGCACCUGAAAUUUACAAGGACGAAAUCUUUGAUAUGAGCGUUGAUGCAUUCUCUUUUGGUCUCAUUCUGUAUGAGAUGAUCGAAGGAGCACCAGCUUUCCACCCAAAGAGUCCAGAAGAAGCUUCAAGAUUGAUUUGCUUGAAAGGCAUGAGACCUCCAUUGAAGAACAAAUCUAAAAGUUAUCCUCCAGAGGUUAAGGAGUUGAUCGAAGAGUGUUGGGAUCCCGAGCCUAUCACGAGACCGACCUUUUCGGAGAUAAUUGUUCGACUUGAUAGAAUCUAUGCUGCCUGUUCUAAGCAGCAGGGAAGUUGGAAAGAGACCUUUAAACUCCCCUGGUAUGCACUCAUUCAUGUACUUCAAGAAGAUUAGGAUUCAUGUGAGAAAAUAUAUGAGCAUUCUUGAAUAUUUCUUAUGUUAUUAAUGAGAAAGUGAUCAUGUAGUUUCUCUAUUGAUAGACAGGUGAAGACACCAUGCAUUGACCCCCUCCACACUCCUUAGCUUUGUCCACUAGAUUCAUUUUUCUUAAAAAAAGAAUUAUGAUUCAUUCCUUUGGAAACUUUACAAAAGAAAGUUAAGCCUUUUAUGGGGAUCUCUUUCGAAACAAAAUAGUGCAUUCGCUUGAUCUAGAUCAAUAGCACAAUUCUAUCUCAUAUAGUUUUAUAACUAUUUGUCCUACCUUUACUAUUAUAUUGGGUAUUGAUAGGCAUGUAUUUUGCAUAAUUGUAUAUAUAAUGCAAGACAUAUUCUUGAAUAAAAUGCUUAGCAAGUAUAUGUUGUUUUUCCAACUACAAACUUAAUUACAAGGCAAAAAAGUUCUUGUUAUUAUUUAAAAAAGAAUAUAGCAUAGAAUUGGUCUUGGAUAACACUUGGAUGAAAAAAAAAAAUGCUAUUUUAUCUUGUGAUCUAUGUUUUCCCUGUGUUGCACCUAAUAUAUUAUCAGGUUUAAUCAUCAACUACAUAUUUUUCCUAAACUUUGCUGGUUGGGUACCUCUUCAUCUCAUGUAUGAAUCCAAGAGCUCCAGGUAGCUGUUUGAGGCUUUCUUAAGCACUCAUUAUGGUUGUAUCCACAGUCCAAACAUAAUUCAUCUGCCUUUUUCCAUUCAUGCUGUUGUAGUUGGUUACUGUCUUUUAUUUCAUUUGACAAGAUGUCAUCAUUGAUUUGCAGGAAAUAAUGAGAAAAGGUGGAAGGCCUCAUCAUGUUUUCCUGCAGAUGUACAUGAUAAACACAACCAUCUGCUACAGUGUACAUUUUCUUGUUCACAGUUGAAAUACACAAUUGAAGCAUCAUCCUGUGUACUUUUUAUAUUCUGAUUCAUAUUUAUUGUUGAAAAAAACAAAAUGACAUUUGAGAUCUCUACACAAAUUUUUGAUCUGUGAGAAAUGAUGGCACCAACUCAUCCUUUUAUUUAAAAAAAGCCUAUGAAUCCUCACAUGUUGCUUAGCCAUUUACCAAGUUAUAAUUUCUCUAUACUCACAUUAGUAUUUAUAAUUUUCAAGGUUCUGAUAUCAUACUACUACAUAUCGGUAUGCCGAUAUUUAUCAAUUAGUACUGGUGCACACCAAAUUAAAAAAAAAAAAAAAAAAGAUUAGAAACAAUUAGUACUGGUCCACACCAAAUAAAAAAAAUUAAAAAAAAGAACUACUAACA